GUGAGUAUAAGUUCCAGAAAAUAGAUGUCAAGAUGUACUUGAUCGUGACUUUAUAAGACGAAGAAGAAGAUGCUGCCUCCUUCAGGGCAGAUGCCUCAGGAUUUAACAGAUACACGACAAAAUGAAAGCACUGGUGCUUUUGAUCGGCUACCUUUCGCUGGCGUACGCCUUCGAUUGUCCUGAUUGGCUUAGAGCUGGCAAGAAGCCACCGACAAGCUGUGUACAGCCAACAGAUCCCCAAAACAGAGCGCCAUCCAAGCUGGAAUCAUGGUUCACAGAAGCGAUGUUCAACGACCUAUUCCCUAAGGCAAACUUAGGGCAUGGUCCUUCCAACUGCAGGCCAUAUAACUACAAGGCAUUCGUUAUUGCCGCGCGUUAUUUCCCAAAGUUCGGAACAGAAUACGUGUCUAUAGACCCAGAAGGCAAUUCGCUCCGGACAACAUACACACAGCAGGAAACUUUCAAAAGAGAUCUCGCGGCAUUCUUCGCUCAUGCCAUUCAAGAGACGGGUGAAAACAACGGACAUUUGUACCAAGUUCUACCAAAAGAAAAGGCUCAUGAUUGUUUCUACAGGGGAGGAUUUUACAACUGGUUUGAAGGCGGUCCUUUCUCUCCGUUUGUAAAAAACCAAGGUCUCGAUCCUAAAGACGGCGAGUUUUGUGUUCCAGCGGCACGUUACUGCGAUGAAGGGUCAAACACAAAUUGGUUCUACCCUUGCGCCAAGGGCACAUCUGGAGGCUACCACAGAGGCUGCUACUUUGGAAGAGGUGCCAUCCAGAUUUCAUACAAUUACAACUACGGCUUGUUUAACAGAUGGCUAAUAGAUGAAGGAAUUAUGCACAAUGGAGAGCCAGUCGACAUUCUGGAGAAUCCAAACCUUGUGAUGACCAAAAUGGACCCUCCUCUCAGCAUCCUUGCCUCAAUGUGGUUCUAUAUGACGCCACAGAGUCCAAAGCCUUCAAUGCACGACAUUGUCAUAGGUAACUGGGUAUCUCCUGACCCCGAAUUCGGCGGCGGUGUUUUCGGCCCGACUUCUUUGGUUAUAAACAACGAGUGUGGUGGAGAGGACAUUAGAGAGCCAGGUGGUGCUGGAGAAAGCAGGAGGAUCAAGGCAUUUAAAUGGUUCUGUAAAUACUUUGGUGUGAGACACAUAAUUGGAUCUGAGAAGACACUAUCUUGCAAGGUCUUCAAUGGCGGCAUUCGCAAGUUCACGUUCCCUGAUGGUCGCAAAGUAGGCAAUUCUUGGGACGCCGAUUGGAGAACGUCAUGGGACCCAAGCAAGCCUUGUCGCUGUGCAAUGCAAACAUACCAAGGUUACAUACCUGCGUUUGAUCCAGCAGUGAUGCCUCAUUUAAGCGACAUGAAUGAAAGACACAAGAAGUGGUGCGAAGAGCUGUACCAAGCUGGCUGGAGAAAACAGGGUUGCGCUAAUUACAAAGGAAAUUAACAAAAACUUAUGUUUUAUUCUCAGCAAUACAUGUUGCUGACUAGUAGUGACUUGUUUGAUUAGAUCAAAAAUGCCUUCAUAUUGAAGCUACAAA